AUGGCUAUGGUGACGCGACGCUGGCUGUCAUCAGCAGCCUCUGCGAAGUCGUCGGGGAAAGGUCUCGUCGUGCCGGUGGCGGAAGUGCACCGCUUCAUCGUGGACUGUUUGAAGGCUGUGGGUACCUGCGCAGACAAGGCCUGCGUCCAGGCAGACGUGCUAGUCGCCGCCGACUAUAGGGGACACUUCAGCCAUGGCAUGAACAGGCUCGAGAUGUACGUGAAGGACGUAAAGAAUGGAACAUGCAUGCCCAAUGCCGAGCCAUGUGUUCUGAAUGAUACGCCAUCAACAGCGUGGGUGGAUGGCAACAACGGACUGGGUGCAAUCGUAGGCAACUUCUGCAUGCACAUGUCCAUCCAGAAGGCCAAGCAGACCGGCAUAGGAUGGGUCACUGCCAAAUGUUCUAAUCACUAUGGAAUAGCUGCUUUUUAUGCUGAACAAGCACUACAGGAAGGAAUGCUGGGUAUGACUUUUACAAACACAUCACCACUGAUGACGCCAACUCGUGCAAAGCAGGCAGCCCUGGGUACAAAUCCAUUGUCACUGGCAGCUCCAGGAACUGGAGGGGAUAGUAUCAUUAUUGAUAUGGCCACAACUGCUGUCGCUGUGGGAAAGAUUGAAUUCCAGCGGCGUAAAAAAGCACCUAUUCCAUCCGGCUGGGCUCUGGGCCCCGAUGGUGCACCAACAACAGAUGCUGAGGUGGCCUUCAAAACUGGCCUUCUCAUGCCCCUUGGGGGUUCAGAAACGCAUUCUGGAUAUAAAGGCUAUUGCUUGGGUAUUCUUGUCGAAGUAUUUUCUGGAAUACUUAGUGCCAACACAAUCUCCAAUGUCUAA